AUAUAAAGAAAAUGCGCGCAAACUCAAGCACGAGGAACAACCACUUUAGGCUAAACAGACAUUUCUCUGCUACUCAUGAGGAUCUGAAAUCUACAAUUUCCUCGAACGCUAGUAGAAGAUACCGGAUGAGGAGCAAGGAGAACCAGAGUUUUGACAAUGGGUGACAGAUCUCAGGUCUUAGAUCUCAGAGGGACAUGACAUCCCCCGUUCCUGUCCAAUCAGAGCCAGAGAAGGAUGUUAAAGAGGUUCCGAAGAAGAAGGAAAUGAACAUCGAAGAUAUUUCCUCAAAGGAGAAUCUCGAUAAAAGUGUAGAGGUCCUAAACGGCUUGCUUGGUAAUGGUCCUGAAGAAUCAGAGAUCUCUCUUGGAGAGAAAGAUCCAGAUAACAUGAUGAAUGACUCAGCACCACAGGUUGAGGAGCUACAGAAAAUAUUGAGCAAGUAUAAAGAUGAUAGCGGGAUUGAUGACUCUGAUAUGAUGGAAGAGAGUGUAAAAGAGAGCAUUAAGAGGACCCAAGAAGCCUAUGAGAAUAUCAUGAAACUUAAGUACGGAAAGAAAGAUGAAAUUGAACCAAAAGAAGUUAGUAAGGAGAGUACAGUCAAUAUGGAAACAACAUUGGAGAAGGAGCUAGGGUUCUGAUUUGAAUCUGAUGUUAGCCAGGAAGAGAAUAAGAAAGAUAAUGAAGAAGGAUCAGAGAAUUCAGAUGAUUUUCCUCCGGAUAGAGAAAUAAAGCGUAUCAAUGCAGAGAGUAGUGAAGUCCCGGUACAAAAAGACAUCUCUGAAGACAGAAAAGAAAUUGAUAAAUUCUUAGAAAGCAGCCUGUCAUCUCAUAGUAAAGAAGCUUCUUCAAAUAAUGAAGCCCCAGACUUUUCAGACCCACAAAUUUUACAUAAGAAGUCAGUAUCAGAACAAAUUCCUGACAUUGUUGAAGCUCAGAUGAUAAAAUCUCCAAAGUCAUCAAUGGAAGACACUAUGUGAAAAUUAGUUGAAUAUCUAGAUGCUGAAGAAUCACCUUCCAAAGCUUCUAAAAUAUCUCAAUCUCCUGCUCCUAUCAAUGAAGAGCCUGUGAGAGAAAUCUCAUUAGAUACAGCACCUAAACUCUCUGAGGCAAACCUUGAGGUUAUUGCAAACCUAAAAUCAAGCCCAAUAGUUGAGAAGCUAGAAAAGGCUUCUAAGGAACAAACUUUUGGGAACACAACUCAAGAAGAGAACCUUGAAACUAUCCAAGUUCAUAAUCUCGAGCAUCUAAAGAAAGAAGAGCUUAGGACUGAGCGCAAGGUCAACGAUGGACAGUUGAUGAAAGCUGAAGUUGUACAUGAUACACAUACAACUUCUCAGAUCAUGACUAACACUACUCCCAAGGAUUCUUGUGAUUUGAAUAUGUAUUCAAACUUUGACAUGACUCUUCGUAAGAACCCUGAUGACAGGAAAUCUGAACUUGACGCACUGAUGAAAGGAUCUGAGGAUUACUUCAAUUCAGUCCUAAACCAGAUGCACCAGGACCUGAACCCAAUUCCCAACAGAAAGCAUAUGUCUAGUGAGAUCCCAAAACCAAUGAGGAAGACAGGGAAAAUUUCAAAGAACAAAUCUAAGAGAGUCAAAAGGAAUCUACCGAAUACUUCAGCUCAACUAGGAGAUCCCAAAUUUAGCAGCUUCUCUAUUGAGCAUAAAGAAAAUAUCAGCACAAAUAUGGGAGCCAAGGAUGUGUGGUACAAUGUGAAUAGGAUCCUUGAAAAGAAUGGUUAUGCCAAAAUCUCCAUCUCUUCUAAAACUGACCCUGCCCUAGUCUGUAAUACUGUACUUGAAAUCCUUCAUGAUUAUGAAAAGAGAGGGGAAACCAUCCAAAAUCUUCUUACUUCUAAAAGAGAGUUUGGAUACCAGAAUGCAUCCCAGAGAGCUACUGAUAUAGAAAGCAAGAAUAAAAUUGCCAGUUUACAAGAGGCUAAUUCUAAACUCAAGGCAAAGAUAAAGGCUUUAGAAUAUUCUCUACAACAGAAUAGCCAAAAAUCUAAGAGGAAAGAGUGGUCUUCCAAGGAAGACUCUGUCAACUCUAAAGGCUUGAUACUAAAACUAGCAAUGGCUCAAAACCAGAUCAAAGCAUCAGAAAAAGAGAAGCUUAAGCUUAAAGAGAAACUUGACAAAGUCACAGAAAGGAUUGAAAAAUCUGAGAGAAGAGAUCUUGACCUGCCUAAAAAUCUUCCUUCCAGAAUUAAAGACAUGAUCUCUGGAUAUGAAAACCAGAAGGAAAGACUUGAUGGGAGGAUAAGCUCAUUAGAAGUUCAGAUCCAGAAGGUUAACAAUAUCAAUGCGAAGCUCAUUAACGAGAACAAAUGCCUUGCGAAAGGAAGCACCCAGGCUAACUCCAAGUACUUCUACAUGAAAGAUGAAGGAAAAUUACUCCAAAAAUUAGAAGAACUUGAGAAAGUAAAGGAUAAUCUCAUGAAAGCUCUGACAAGGAAGGAAGAGACUAUUGAGACAAAUCUGCAAGAGCUAGAGAAUAUUAAGGAGGUGAAGUCUGCAAUGACGGCCAAGAUCCAAGCUCUUGAGCAUGAUCUUAAGCAUGGGCCUUCUAUUGCUGAGCUGCAUUCAUUACAGAACACUAUUACGAAAUUAGAAAGCGAAUGUAAGAGAUUGAGAAAGGAGAAUGAUACCUUAGAAAAUGAGGUAAUGAUGUUAAAGAAUAAUAACAAUUCUCACCUGAAACCCCAGGCAGAAAGUUUCAGCACAAAGAAUAGCAGCAGGAUUUCGUAUGAUGAAGAAAGUGCAACAAAGAUUUUACUGAAAGUGCUUGAAAUUUUGAAUAUACAAAAUCCAUUUGAAAAAUUCUCUGAUGAAGCUUCUUUCUCAAUCCUUGAAACAGUCACUAAGAUUCAAAGAGUUGUAAUGGCUGUCCCGAGGAUGGAAGCUUUUAUAAAACAAGUGUGCAGCUCUGUGUUCCCUCAUACUCCUAGUCCACAAUUGGAGAACAUAAUUCCUGAGAUACAUAGACUCCAUAGUCUGAUUUACUCGUAUCAGAAUAAAGGGGCCUAAUAGAAAAUUUCAAUAUA